AUGAAAAAGCAAGAUGAAAGGUGUAUUGAAGGGGAAGAUGCACUAGCUGAAGAAGCAAUUCACUUCUAUCAUCAUCAGUUUACACAAAAGGAAAUCUCUUCAAAUUUUUCAUUACUGCAACAUGUUCCUAAUAUGGUUACUCAGGAGAAUAAUCAGAUACUUAUUAGCAUGCCAACUUUGGAAGAUGUUAAGAAGGUAGAUUUUGAUCUUUCAGGAGAUAGUUCAGGUGGUCCAGAUGGUAUGAUAGGAGCAUUUUAUCAAUCUGGUUUUGUAAAGGGAAGAUGUAUCAUUGAGAAUGUACUGUUAACUCAAGAGGUGGUAUCAGAUAUAAGACUUAGGGGAAAGACAGCUAAUGUGGUGCUUAAACUGGAUAUGGCCAAGGCCUAUGAUAGAGUGUCCUGGGAUUUUUUGGCGAGAGUUCUGAGAAAAAUGGGAUUUGUAGAAGUAGGUGUUAAGCAAGGAGAUUCACUAUCUCCUGCUUUGUUUAUAUUGUCUGCAGAAGUGCUGUCUAGAGCUUUGAACUAUUUAUUUGAGGGCAAUGGCUUUAGAAGUUAUGGAAUGCCUAAAUGGAGUGCUAACUUGAACCAUCUUUCUUAUGCAGAUGAUACUAUUAUCUUCUCAUCUACAGAUGAUACUUCCUUGCAGUUGAUUAUGGGAAUAUUACAGGAGUAUGAAUAG